AUGUUCCUCUUCACAGUUGCGAUAAUUGUCACAUUGCCAAAUGUCACUAAAUCGGACUUUUGUUUAGUCAAAGACAGUUCAUAUUCGACGUAUCUUGAAAUAGUCAAUUGUACCAACUUUGCAUAUUGUUGUAAUAAAGGUUGUUGUAGUGACGCGUGGUACAUCUGGCCACUCGGUAUACUAGUGAUAAUUUUUUUGUUAUGUUGCCUAACCUGUGCCAAGGCUUGGUGGGACGUGUACAAAAACCGGCCACGAAAUACAGACAACAUGAGAGUGAGAUAUAGAACUAGUGAUAAUAGUGAUAGUGAUAAUCCGCCAUCUUAUCACAUCGCUAUUUAUUACCCCCAACCUUCGAAUCGCGUCCCGUCGUAUGAGGAAGUCAUGGGGUGGGACAGGUGA